AUGGAAGAAGAAUAAAAACAAUAAAAUUAUAGUGAUUUGGUGAAUCAAGAAAUAACGUAAAAUAAACCUAUUAAAUGGGAAGUGGACAACAUGCCUCAAACAAAGGUUGGUCAAAGGAAAAAGGAAGCAAUCUAUAUAUUUUGGUUUGAAUUCAUAGGAACAUUCAUGCUCACUUUCUGCAUCUAUGCUAGCAAUAAUAAUCCCUUUGUUUUUGCUUGUGCCUAUGGAAUGUUAAUCUUGGUGGCUUAAAACUAGAAAUGCACAUUCAAUCCUGCGAUCACAACUGUGUUAUCUGGAAACGAUAAAGGAUUGUGGGUGUCAGUGGCUAUAGGUAAGUUAAUUUGGAGGAGCCUUUAUUGCAAGUUUGUUUGGCUUUCUGUGCUUUAAGAAUUAUGUGAAUGAUGUUCCAUAUAUAUCGUAGACCAAUAUCGAAGAAUACUUCGCAGUGAUGAUUGGUGAAAUAUUGGGUUCUCUUAUUCUUUGUGCAGGAUUCCUAUUUUAAUAUGACGAAUUAAUGGAUUUUUCAUCUGAUAGAUUAGAACAUAGCAUAAUAAUUAGUGCUUUAUAUGGGGUCGGAAGAACACUUAGUUAUGUGGCUAAGAGCAGUUUGAAUCCAGCGAUUGCAUUUGGUUUGGUGUUCUUUGAGUGUUGUAAGGAUGGACAUUGGGCAAGAUUUUGGAAUUUGUGGAUAUAUUCGAUUUUGCCUUUCGUUGGAGCAUUCUUCUCUUUGGCAUUAAUCAGAGUGAUUUAUAGGGAUUGCUAUGAAAAAUAAAUAUAAGCAGGGUUUAAGACAAUGAAUAGAUAAAAUUUUUAUAGAAAUACAUAUAU